AUGAACUUCUUCACACUUAUUACAUUGGCUGUUCUUAUUUUGUCUGUUAAUUGCCAAUUCCAAAAUUGGAAUGCGCAACAAAUGGAAGCAUAUCGACAACAAUAUUAUCAAUGGUAUCAACAACAACAAGCUCUUCAACAACAACAACAACAAGCAGCUCCAGCUCCAGCUGCUCAACCUCAAGGAACUCCACAUCCAGUUUGGGGACAUGCUCAAUCUGAUGACAAAGGAAACUUCUGGCAUGGAAAUGAUCACGCUAAAAUUAUGCUUGUUGCCAGAUCUUCUUAUCCAUAA